AUGGUUCCGAUGUCUUCGUGCAUAACCAGUGCAUGGAGGGGUUUGUGUUUGCAUUUUGCGUUUAUCAAGGUCUUAGAUUUUGUGGACGAACAGCAUUAUCCUUUCGUUGGGGCUAACGCUUUCCACCACCUGUCUGGAAGAGACAGCUAUUUGCACUUCCUCAAUGGGAAUGCAGACUUUGGCUUUGAACGGGGCACUCCGUUUAGGAUGGAGAAUUUUCCCAAGACUGUGAGCGGCGUUGGAGAGAUUGAUUAUGUUACCGCUAACUGUCAGCUGUUGAUUACUCCCCUAAACGAGAGUAAGGAAGUCUAUCAGAAUCCAGAUGCGAGAGUCCCUUGGUCAGAUGUUUUGGUGGUGGGAUGUUACCAAACGGAAGAGUCCGUCUGCCCCAUAUGUUUGGAGGCGCCAAUUUUGCCGCGUAUGGGUCCAUGCGGACACGUCUACUGCUACCUUUGUGUCAGUUGUUACAUUUCUUUUGAAAAUGACACUUCUUCCAAACAAUGUGCCGUUUGUGGGGUUCAAUUGCGAACCAAUGACUUGAGAAGGGUUCGUCUUUUUUCAUCCCAUGUUCCAAAUGUUGGUGACACCGUUCGAUUGGAUCUUAUGCGUCGCCACAAGAGGUCUAUUUUCCCGAUGGUUGCGAGCGAAGUGCAAGGGAGGUUGGAAGGCAGUGGUCGCGAGGCCAACCCUGCCUCGAGAUUUUUGUCCCGCUUGGUAGUGGCCAAACAGGAGGAUAUAGUUGGCCUUGUAGACACAGAUAUAGCCACAAUGAAGGCCUUUUUAGCGGAAGAUCAACUGGAGGAGGCAGACGAAGAAAGGUUCCUCAUCGCAAAGAGGAUCUUGCGCAAACUUGUGGCAGAGAAGAGGAGCAUGGAAGAAGCUACGGUCUUCACCAGGGAUGAGGUUUCUUUCGUCUCAAACGACACUACAGCUGAGGACUACUUCUUUUACUACCAAGAAGUCAGCGGCCAUGACAUCUACCUUCAUAGCAUAAACUGGCGAUGUCUAGUGGAGGACUUUGGUGUCUCCAACUUACCCCAAGAAAUUAAGGGAAAGGUUGUUGAAGUUGAGACUUACACCAUGAGUUCGGCAUUGCGCAGUCGGUAUCGUCAUCUGAGACAUCUGCCUCUGGGACGUACAUUUCAUCUGAUAGAAAUUCAAUUUGAAAAUCCGAUUAUUAGUGCAGAGACCCUUCUUUUGGUGUCUGAUGUGCUUACCAUGCGACAGCAUCGACGUGAACAAAAGGAAGCUCGUGAAAGGAGUCUUACGCGUGCCAAAGAAAAGGCUGAGGAUCUGCUUCUGUCAUUGCCUGCUGAAUCUCGAACAUUGGUCCGAACUUCGUGGACGCAGGUGGUUCCCACUGACGAGGACUUUGUUCCUCUGGACGUCGCUAUGGCAGAGGUGUUGUCGUCGGGACGAUGCCACUCAAGCCCUGUUCUGCAAUCACUAAUGCCAUCGUUCAGCUCUUCUGCUAGUCUAUUGUCCACGGCUGCGGCGACUAAUGGUGUCGAUAUCGACAGAACGGAGUCUCCUGAAAGGGUGAAUGAGACCUCUUCUUGGCUCGAUGUAGCCUCCAGAGGUCAGACGAUGGGGACCUGUAGCACCAUUGCUGCCGAUACUGCCACUGCUUCCGGUGUCCCUGCCGCCACCACCUCCUGCUCCAUGUGGUUCCCAUCACAAAUGGCAUCAUGUACGCUUGACCCCUCCACGUUCGCCCACCACUUGUCCGUUGCCAUCCCCGAAAACGCACAAGAAGCAGUGUCCGCACCGAAGUCGAGACGCAGGAGACGCCGUGCAAAACAAAGCCGAGUAGUUGACUGA